AUGGUGUCGCUGCGUGACGCGGCUGAUGUCCACAGGUGUGGCGGCGUCCUGAUAGAUCGAGGCUGGGUACUGACUGCCGCACACUGCAUCGAUCCUAGAGACCAGGCAUCACUGGGACUAACUCCAGUGACUGUCAUCGGUGACUGUAACCUUCGAGACUUGAAAACCAAGAACGAGAAUGGGGUGAUCAAGGCCGUCCGUCCUGAGAGUGCAUUCAUACAUGAGGGUUACACUGACAGUUCUGAUGUUGGGAAUGACAUCGCACUGCUAAGACUGAGAGAAAUCGACAGACCCAGGCAGACACCAGUUGCCUUGCCCUCUCGAGACUGGAAGCUGGCAGGCGGUGUAAACCUUGUGGCCCUUGGCUGGGGGGAUGGGAAAAUAGCAGAACUGCAACAAGCCCCCAACCUUCUUUUCAUUGAGAACAAAUUCUGCAAUGAUCCUGAUUUGUGGAAUGGCAUCGUCAGCGAUUCGAUGAUGUGCGCAUUUUCUUCCGGGCAAGAUGUCUGCAAAGGCGAUGGUGGUGGGCCCCUGCUGGAGGGACACUCCCCCAACGGCAACGUGUCAGCAGGCUUCGCCUCAGCGGACAUCCUAGUGGGCAUCACUUCCUUUGGCAUGUUUGCAGAUGAGACGGGCCAGCGUGUGGAGUGUGGCAGCUCCAGCAAGCCCAGCGUGUUCACCAAAGUGAGCAGCUUCCUGGAUUGGAUCGAAGCCAAGAUGAAGAUCAAGGUCUCUGGGGGGGCUGGGGUGGGGUAG